AUGCCUGCAACAUUGAAACCAAGCACAAAAGUUUUCACCUUGAACAACGGAGUUGAGAUUCCAGCUGUAGGAUUGGGUACUUGGAGAGCUCUUGACAACGAUGGCUACAAUGCUGUUCUGUAUGCAUUGAAACAUGGUUACAGACACAUUGAUGAUGCAAAGUUAUACGAAAAUGAAGAGCAAGUGGGUAAAGCUAUUAAUGACUCGGGCAUCCCAAGAAAAGAAUUAUUCGUCACAACCAAAUUGUGGAACACUGACCACAAGAAUGUUGAAGCUGCCUUAGAUGAAUCUUUGAAGAAAUUGGGUCUCGAGUAUGUUGAUUUAUACUUGAUUCACUGGCCACAAAAUACCGACCAAGAGGUGGAUGAUCCACUGAAAUACGAGGAUUAUAUUGACACUUGGAAAGAAUUACAAAGAAUAUACAAAGAAGGAAAGAAAGUGAGAGCAAUUGGUGUUGCCAACUUUACCAUCAACAAGUUGGAGAAGUUGCUCAACGCUAAUGGUGUUGAUGUCGUACCUGCAAUCAACCAAGUCGAGACCCACCCAUUGCUCAACCACGAAAAGUUGAUUGCCUAUUUGAAGAGCAAAAACAUUCACUUGACCGCAUAUUCUCCAUUCGGUUCAGAUAAGGCACCAGUUUUGGAGAAUAAAGUUGUGAAAGAGAUUGCUCAAAAGAAUGGUGUCGACCCGGGCCAACUUCUUGUUUCGUGGGCAGUGCAAAGGGACACAAUUGUUAUCCCCAAAUCAGUCACUGAAAAGAGAAUUCUCUCAAACUUUGAGACAUUCACUUUGUCGAAGGAGGAUUUCGAUGCUUUGAAUGAGUUGGAAGGAAAGGAAGGAACAAAGAGAUACAAUGAUACUCCAUUUAACAACUUUGAUGAGUAG